AAGGGGCUUGUCUGAAUCAUAAGUCACUUUACCAAACCCCACCACAACUUUACUCUUCACAUCUCUUACCACCACAAAUCAUGAAGACAUCUCUGGUCCUCCUUACCCUCAGCCUACUGGCUUGUUCAGUUUUGGACGUCUGUGGACAAUGCCAAGAGGUUAACCUUGAUGACCAGGAAGUAGUAGAAGCACAGCCAGAAAAGCACAUGGUGCAACAGUUAAAGGGAACAUGCUGGGCGUGUAUGUGGGCACUGAACAAAGUGAAGAAACACAUCUCCUCUUCCUCUAGCGAGGUGCAGAUAAAGCAGAAGCUAUUGUCUGUUUGCGAUAAAUUGGGCCUCCUUAAAUCUCUGUGUAAAGGCAUGGUGAAAAAGCACUUGUGGGUGUUGGUUGAGGAGCUUAGCACCAGCGAUGACGUGAGGACCAUCUGCGUUAACAUUAAGGCCUGCAAACCAAAAUACAUUUUGGAUCUGAGCUACUGACCAAGCAGCCAGUAUCCAGAUUCCAAAGUGAGAAGAUGGAUGUUCAGGUGUCAAGACAAUGCUAUGCUGUGCUGCCAGCCUCUUGCCUUUGUUCAAAUUUGUCACGACACAAGAAUGAUAUGUUAUUGGAAUGAUUAUAUGUUCUGAAAUAAUGUUUUUGGGACAUUAUUAUAAUAGUGUAUAGUCAUUCUUAAAUUGCAGAACAUUUUUUAUCAUGUAAUUUUGGUUCACUUUUUGCUAUUUUAGUAUAAAAUAUUAUUCUCAGAAUUUUUUAUGUUUGUGUGAAUUUUUUGGCCAGCAAAAAAUUAACUUAAUUUAAUAUAGAGUACAACUGCUAACCUUCUUUAACACCAACUUCUUUAUCCAAAAGAAAAUCUGAACCCAUUUUUACUCAUCCGAAGUAAAAAAUUCAAUGAUAACACAAUGAUAAAACAUUUCAUGACAAUGUCUAAACUCAUGUUGACAUUUUUAUUUAGAAUCUCAGCUUUGUUUUGAUCGCUUAGUAGGAAAUUACAUCCAGCAAGGGCUGUCGUCUGCAAAAUGUAUAGAAAUAUGAAUUAUUAAGAUUGUGAUUAAAAGCUAUUUUCACAA